GGGGCCAAGAAGAUGUUGUCCAUGGGUAUCACAGGGCCCGAAGGUCAUGAACUGUGUCGGCCGGAGGAAGUGGAGGCUGAGGCAACCCAACGAGCCAUUACCAUUGCUCACGCUGUCAACUGUCCGCUCUAUGUGGUCCAUGUCAUGAGUAAAUCUGCAGCCAAGGUGGUGGCGAACGCACGCAGAGAUGGUCAUGUGGUGUAUGGGGAGCCAAUUGCAGCAGGAUUGGGCACUGAUGGUACCCACUACUGGAACAAAGACUGGGCCCAUGCUGCAGGCUUUGUCAUGGGUCCUCCUCUCAGACCGGAUCCGAGCACCCCUGGGUACCUCAUGGACCUACUGGCCAAUGAUGAUCUGAGUGUGACGGGAACAGACAAUUGCACCUUCUCAGUUUGCCAGAAGGCUCUGGGCAAAGAUAAUUUCACCAAGAUCCCCAACGGAGUGAACGGUGUGGAGGACAGGAUGUCUGUUAUCUGGGAGAAAGGAGUGCACAGCGGCAAAAUGGACGAGAAUCGAUUUGUAGCCGUCACAAGCAGCAACGCAGCAAAAAUUUUCAACUUCUAUCCGCAAAAGGGUCGCAUUGCCAAAAACUCUGAUGCUGAUGUGGUUAUAUGGGACCACAAGAUGACAAGGAGGAUAUCAGCCAAGACCCACCACCAAGCCGUGGACUACAACAUCUUUGAGGGCAUGGAGUGCCAUGGAGUCCCUGUUGUCACCAUCUCCAGGGGUAAAGUGGUUUAUGAAGAGGGGCAGCUGCAGGUGUCACCGGGACAUGGCAGGUUCAUCCACAGACAACCGUUCUCAGAGUUUGUUUAUAAAAGAAUUAAGCAAAGAGACCAGGUGGGGAGACCUACAGCUGUGAUCAGAAAGCCUUAUGAAGGCAAAGUCAUUUCUGUGUGAAGAACCGACUGAGAACAUGAAAGUCUGUAAAUGUCCAGCGGUGUUUGCAGUUCAGCCCUGAGACAAACCAAAGGAUAAACAACUUCAUUUUCACAGACAAGCUGACCCUGAGCAGUUCUUACACUUUAAACAUGUGACAGUCAAUAACUCAUUAUACAAUUUAUUGGUGGGGGGAGGGGGUGUGUGUCAAUGUUCUCUAUUUUUUUUUUUUUUAACUGUGUCUGGUUUUUAGGUCGGCUCGGCUCCGUUCACAGGUCAACAGAGCCCACUCAGCUGAUGAAAAUCAGGUUUUCUCUGACAUAAAUCUUAUGUAAUCCACUGUUCUUUUAAAGAUUUAAAACGAGUCUUGUCUGAUUUUUAUGUUAAGACAUUCAUAAUAAAACCAUAUU